AUGUUAAAAUCAGUGGGUAGCCGCUGCAGCAAUGAAAUCCCCAAAUUCCUCUUCUUCAGAUCAUCGUCAUCAUCUUCAAGAAGCAAAUUCCACAACUAUUAUCUCAGAAAAAGGCGAAAAUGGCCACAUCCAGUUUACAAAUCCCGUUGGCACGAGAAAUUAAGCCAACAACACGCUAUGCAAGCCCUUCGACAUCAAGCUUCAUCAUCAUCUUCCAUCAAUCUUCUCUCCUCUCUCGUCAAUUCUUUCGCUCUAUACAACUGUGACCCAACUCCAACUGCUUACCGUUUUGCCAUCAAGACUCUAAUUAAAACCUCACAAUCCCACCACAUUCCGCCACUUCUCCACCACCUCCAAACAUUUGAGAAAUUUGAAACACCCGAAUCAGUUUUGAUUGAUAUAAUUGAGUUUCAUGGCGAGAACAACGAGUUUCAGGAAGCAAUUGAUCUUUUCUUUAGACUACCCACUUUUAGGUGUAUUCCUAGUGUGGAUUCGCUUAAUUGUUUGCUCUCUGUUUUGUGUAAGCGAAAAGAGGGACUGGGAGUUGUGCCUCAGGUUUUGUUGAAGAGUAGGUUGAUGAAUAUUCGUCUUGAAGAAUCCAGCUUUGUUAUAUUAAUUGAAGCUCUUUGUAGGUUUAAAAAGCCAAAAAAUGCAAUUGGUUUGUUGUAUCAUAUGGUUGAUCAUGAUAUUGACAUUGAUCAACGGAGUUUUUCAUUGGUGCUCUUGACUUUGUGUCAGCAAAACGAUCUGAAAUCUAAUGAGGUCAUGAGUUUGCUGGAAGAAAUGACGAAAUUAGGGUUUUGCCUCGAGAAAACAGAUUGGGGGAACGUGAUUCGGUUUUUGGUGAAGAGGGGGAAUGGUAUGGAAGCUUUGGAGGCAUUGAGCAAGAUGAAAUUGGAUGGUUUUAAACCUGAUGCUAUCUGUUACACCAUGGUUUUAGAUGGGGUGAUUUCUGAAGGUGACUACGAAACUGCAGACCAACUGUUUGAUGAAAUGCUUGUACUGGGUUUGAUUCCUGAUAUCAAUACUUACAAUGUGUACAUGAAUGGGUUGUGCAAACAGAACAAAUUCGAUGAUGGAAUUAAGAUGCUUUCAAGCAUGGAGGAACUUGGGUGCAAACCCAAUAUGAUCACUUAUAAUACACUAUUGAGUGCAAUCUAUGAGAGUGGAGAAGUUGGUAAAGCACGCGACUUUUUAAAAAAUGUGAGAGCGAAGGGAGUUCUACUGCAUUCACGAACGUAUCAGAUAGUGAUCUAUAGAAUGAUCGUUACAGAUGAUAUCGCGGGAGCUUUAGAUCUUUUGGAGGAGAUGGUGCAAAAGAGCUUAGUGAUUCAGCCUUCAACAUUUGAUGAAAUUGUUUGCAGGUUGUGCCAAAACGGAUUAGUCUCUAAAGCGCUGAACUUGCUGACUGAAUUGCUAGAAAAAAACGUGCUUCCUGGAUGUAGAUCAUGGGAAGCAUUGAUAGUUGGAUUUCACAUUAAACAUGGUUUCAACGAGAUCGAUUUGAAUGCCAUGGAAACAAUGUCAUCCUGACUAUACCCAUUGAUUACCUCUGCUGAUGUGGGUUUAAUGGGUGUCACAAACUAAGCACAUUAUGGCACCUGGAUGU